AUGAGCGGUAAAAAUUCAAAUAACAACAAACCAACUUAUGCAAGCAGAUCUUUUGGGCGCAGACAAUCUUCUAAACAGGCAGAAGAACCGACGGCAGCAUCUACUACUCAGUUGCCACUAACAACCACAUCUUCUUUCUACGAAGCAGAUUUUCCGUCGCUCGAAGAAGCAUCAUCAUCACGUUCAGUUUGGGAUCAAUUAACAGCAUCAGAAAAACCCACACAUUCGCGAAGUAAAGCAAAUGAUUUCAAUGUUUUGUUAUCAACAUCCUCCACUUUACCACCAGCGCAAAAAACUACUGGGAAAAAACACAAUGUCUCGUCGGUCUAUAUGGGAACACAAAUUCCGUCAGAACAAUCAUACGGAAAACAUUCAGAGUCGCGAGCUGUUUCAUCGUCUGUUGCAUCAUCAGAUACAAUGUCAACUCAAGUAGUAACACGACCAUUGACGCCGUACGAGGAGCAAAUUAACAAAAAGAUAUGUGAAAUAAUCUUGACCAUCCAUGAGAGUAAAGAAUAUGUGUCGCGUGAACGAGUGCAACGAGAACUAUUCGAUUUUUAUCACGUGGAUUCAUGGAGUAAGUUAGGAGUUCAACCGUCAAGAUUUAAUCCAUUGAUUAAUCUUACUGAUCGACAAAAGAAUGUCAAUUUCUAUAUGAAAAUUUUCGAACAAAUCUUUAAUCUAUGCACGUUGCACGACCUCGACUCACUACUUGCUCGAUUCCUGGAAGUAGAAAACUACGCAGACCUUCGAUUAGGUCCACUUGAUAAGAAUCCUGAUGUACGACAAGUAUUCGCGUACAAUCCAACUGAUCAUGAUCAAGCCAUUCCAAAUAUCACUACUGGACAGGUUAUUUGCAGAUUUAUGGAAUUCAUGCGCACCAAUCGACAUCAACGUCAGGUGCCGUUCGACAUUUUCCUUGAUGAUCUUGUUAAAAGAUAUAAACUUCAAUCACGUGAAGAAUUAGGUAUUUAUUGCAAAUCAUUUCCAUAUCUAGUUCAGGUUACUCAUACUGUUCGACGCGAUUUUGAUUCGCAUACAAAGCAUGCUCAGGAAGAAACUCAGAAAGAGUUGAUUGAAGUCAUUCGUGCUCGUUUGAAUGAAUUCAAAGACAAAAUGCGGGACGAACUGGAAUUGUCGCUAUUCAAUAAGAAAAAGACGCCAACGGCUGUGUUCAAUCAUUUGACCACGCUUGUUCAUAAACAUUUAGACUUUCUUCCUCAACAGCCAGCAGUCUACGCAGCUUUAACUCAACUUCGCGACGAUGAAUUGCUACGCUGUUUGUUCAAUGUGAGCAUUUAUCUUGGCACUAUUGAAAAGCCGGAAACAUUCAUUCCUGAACUCAAAAAACUUCUCGGGCUCCAGGAAGGACAGCAGAGUCUACCAGGCCCAAUGGUAAUACUACCACCAUCCGUGCCACAAGGGAAAAUGAGUAGAAAAGAUCGUAAUAGAAUGCAAGCGAUGGCUCAACAACAGCAGCAAUUAGCAGCACAAAAGUUCGAUAUUUUAUCGAACAAUGAUCCACAAGCGGCAGCAUUAAUGCAUGCAAAUUCAAAUAUUCCAGUCGAUACAUCGUUCGCUAGUUCAUUUUUCACAACUCAUCCAACAAAACACAAACCACCAGUUAGUUUCACUCAACUCUGCUCAGAUAUCUACAUCGCUCUUUCUCGCUACAAUACAGUACCGCCCAUAAAACAACUUCUGAAGAUAGAAAAUCACCUACAUACUCAACACGGUGUCUCAAACUUCGCUGUUUUUAACUAUGAUGAUAACGACGAUGACAAUGACAAUCGAACAAGUUUGGUUUCCUUUUUGGAUAAACAUCGCCAUACGAUUGACCCACACGGAGAACUAUCUAUCUAUGAGCAUGCGACAUCGACAAAUAAUCGAGAAGAAUUGUAUUCAUUUGUUCAACAGUUGAGUGCAAUCAAUCCUAACAAUGCAAAUACUGACGAGUAUCAACAUCAAUCGAGUGUGUUGAUUCAUGGCAAUGUUCACGCUGAUCAGUUUCAUUUGAGCAGCGAAAACAUGUCUGCGAUCGAAAAAGCAGUCAGACAUAAAUUUCCUGAAAUUCAUCAUUUUCAGCAAGGAAAUCAAAUCAUGCGGAGAGUUAAACAGGAACGUCACAGAGCUAAACAUCCAAUUAUUCGAUUUGAAGAAUCUGUAUUAGAUGUCAAUGGUCUCAACCGUUUGAAUGUUUGUCCAACAUCUCUCAAUGGUGAACCAUUGCAUCUUUGUCAACUGAUACUUCACUGUCCAUUGAUGACUGAUCUUCACACCUGGCUCCAAUGGUCCUAUUUCUUUCAGCCAAAACAUGGCACUCUGAAGACGUUUAUAAACAAACACGAAGAUCUGUUAAAAGAUCUUCAUCUAUUGGAAACGUCAACUGGAGAAUUGUAUCGCUUACCUGAUCACACUACAUUAGAAACAUUCGAGCAUGAACUGCGAAAGUUCCAUGUUCGGUCAGCUGUCGGCCAUUUAUGUGCUUUGAUUCUUCAAGAAGGUUUGAUCACUCACUUUUCAUUCAAUGUCUACCGAACAUCUAUGGAUACUUGGUUCCGUCAUUUGAGAACACAAGUGAAAUUGCAAAGCGAACAAAUCGAUCCACUGGAAUAUAUUUUAGAUUUCAUUACAUAUCUUCCUGUGUUAGUUGGCCAAGCAAAGAUCAUUGAAGAACUUAUUCUUGUUCCACUCGAUAACGUGUUUGAUAAUGUUGAUGGAACGAAUAUGCGUAAAAAAUUAUGGGACUUAGCUGAUAUGCAACAACGAACAAAAUUAGAAUUAUUUGGUCAUUUGAUGGAUAUCGAUGAAUGGAAGAAUGACUCGAAAUGGUUGGAUGAAGACGAAUCACAAGAAAAUUCUGCAAGUAAUAUGAGUCAACGACUGUUACCAGAAAACAGUACCAAGGAAGAUGCUGAUACUAAACGAGCAGCGGCAAUCAAUGGCGUGUCUUCUGCUGUUUCGUACACUGAAGUACCGACACCGGCUCUAUCGACUAUUCCGAUAAAGAAUUAUACAGACGAUGAAAAGAGUUCAUCGAACGCUGCAUUCGAACAUAUCGAAUCGAUUCGUCGUGGUUUCGGUGUUGAUAGUACGCUCGAUUCAGCAGGUCUAUCUAUCGUUACGAAUCUACAAGGAAUGAUCGAACGAAGCUUAGAGAAAUUAUCCAAUGAUCUCUAUUCCGAUCAAGGUCAUUUUGUUUUGGAAUUGAUUCAAAACGCAGAUGACAAUCAAUAUUUACCAGAUCAUUUACCAACAUUAAGAUUUAUGCUUUCGAAAGAACGAGUUCUCGUAUGUAACAACGAGCUGGGUUUUCAACCAAGUAACAUUUCAGCUAUUUGCAAUGUUGGUGCUUCAACGAAAGGAAAACAUAAGCAGGGCUAUGCUGGCCACAAAGGUAUUGGAUUUAAAUCGGUUUUCAUGGUCUCACAUCGACCUGAAGUUCAUUCUCGAGAUUACCAUAUACGUUUUGAUACUGUUAAUGGUACACAACAGAUCGGUUACAUUCGACCGAUCUGGCUAGAUGAAUAUGAAGAGACGUUGCCGAAUUCUGAUGAAUGGACAACAUGUAUUCGUCUUCCGUUGAAACAGGAAACGCGACAAGAUCGAUUGGAACGGAAUUUUAAUGAUAUUCAAGCAAAACUUUUGCUCUUCCUUAAUCGUCUAAGACAAAUUGAAAUAGUUCAUCAGCAAAACAACUCGAUUACCCGAACAUUCACGAGAAUUGAUCACGCCCAAGGGCAAAUCAUCGAACUGCAAGAAAAGAUUACCAAUCAGCCAAUUACAACUAAUUUCUGGUUAGUCGUCAAGAGAGUAAUCAAAGUCCCAAACACGAUAAAAGAGAAACUACGUGAUGUUAAAGGUGAAGUUGAAUCGACAACGAUAGCAGUAGCUUAUCCAUUGAGUAAAAUUCAAGAAUCUUCGAGUCAACCACCGCCCACCCAACCUCUCUUUGCAUAUUUGCCACUUCGGUCUUAUGGAUUUCGGUUUAUUCUUCAAGCUGACUUUGAAAUUCCAGCAACCCGUCAGGAAAUACGUCGAGACAAUUUAUGGAACGAGUGGCUGAAAACCGAAAUGACUUGUCUUCUUUCUCUAGCCUAUCAACAAUUCAAAAGUUUACCUGACUUAUUUGCUUCAUCGGCCAUCGAUGCACAAAUUACCAAUCAACUAACACCGAUACAAACAAUCAAAUAUUUUCUCAAACUGAUACCAUCACGAAACGAACUCGAUCCGUAUUUCAAUGCAUUUGUUGAUGAAAGUAUCAAAUUGUUAACAGGAAUCAUCGAGUUACCAAUCGUUCGACAGAGUGAAAACAAUGAAACGGCCAUCGAUUGGGUCGCUCCCUCGAAAUGUGUGAUCGUACGAGAUCCACACAUACGAAAAAUUCUCUCGCAAGAUCUACUUAUCUCGCAUUUUAAUAGUUAUUAUGUUCAUGAACAGUUAAUUCUCGAGUGUGACGAACAAAUUCUUCUCAAAUUAGGUUGUCGUCAACUUGAUUUCUCCGAUAUUACACGACUUAUCGAAUUGUCAUAUAAACAAGAUGAACAAGAACGGCCAAAAACUCCAACCUCAAUUGAACAAAUCGCACAAUGGCUUGUAUGUCUUGAUUACAGUCUUCAACAACAACGCGAACAAAUGCGCUUUAAUCCUGACCAUGAUCCAAAGGUUGAAAAAGAAACGAUCGAAAAAAUCAAACAGAUGAAGAUCAUUCCGAUCAAACAACAAUCACGCCUAGCAUCUAUCAACGAAUAUGAGAAAUAUGCGAUCACAUUUCCAUUAGAUAAAUCAGUGAAGUAUUCCAAACACUUAAAACUCGUUCUUGAGGAUAUACCAACAUUGGAUGAGUAUCUCUUAACUUUCAUCGAAGAUAAACAUCCAAGACAGGUGGACUCGAUUAAACAACUCCUUCUGAAACUCGGUGUUACCGAAACACGUAAUAUUAAUGAAAUGUACCGUCUCCAUAUGCUACCAGUCAUGUCAGAUCCAAAGCGUUGGACUGCAAAGUCAGAUUCAGUAUUAGUUGCCUACGUAAUGUGUAUUUAUGAUUAUAUCUAUAAAACAAAGGGAUAUGUGCUAGCUGAAAAUGAAUUGGAAACAUUGAGAAAAGUUUUGGUUGUAAAAACCCGUGACAAUAAAUUCGUUUCAUUAGGCUCACCUGAUGUUAUUGUCCAUCUAACAGCAAAAUAUGGAUGUAAAAAGUCUUUAGAGACGUUGAAAUUAUCAAAACAUCAGUUUAUAUUCAUCUCCGACGAUUAUUACACACAAUAUCGUACAGAUUUGUUGAAUACCGAUAUGGAAAUAAACAAUUUUGUUUCAUUUCUCAACCAACUGGGCAUUUCUGACUCUUUUCAAGUCAAUUUCAAAGAUGAACCUUUUGCCAAUGUGGAUGGAUUACUAACUACCAAAUGGGCAUAUUCCGUAGCACAAUUAUCGGAAUCUGUUCACGAGCCGUUUAUCAUCAAAGAUUGCGUGUGCGAAGAAUUCGAUAAACUGGUUUCGACUCUUGACGAAAAUGAAUCUAAUGAUCUGGAUCUAUGUGCACAGUUGCUUCAAUAUUUAGACAAACAUUAUCGAUAUAUUAUGACGUUUUUCACUGCUUCAGUCUGUCUAGCUCGAGUAUACAAAUACAAUCCAACGCCAAUUCAAGGUAUCGAAUCAUCAUUUUGUCUUUCCUUGAGACAAUGCGCUUGGAUUCCUGUUUUUGGUGGUAAACUAUUCAAACCUAACGAUGUGUAUCGAAUAUCGCAGGAUAGUCAAACCUCUGCUUUUCGACGAUAUGUUCCGCAUUUAGAUGAAUCGAAAGUAGCAUUAACCAAUGCAGAUUUUCUGUUUAAUAUACUUGGUAUUCAGCAAUCUGUUUCGGCUAGAAUUAUAUUUGAAUUAUUGAUGAAAUGGUCAUGUGAUUUAAAUAAAGAAGCAUUGUGGAGUUUGGUAAAUGAAACACAAGCGUCUGAACUCAUUCCUUGCACUCUUCCUAGUACAUUUAAACAGAGUUGUUUGGACUCUAUCGAUAACUUCUGUCAAAUCUACCAGUUUCUUGCAUCGAAUCAUGAAACUAAAAGUCUUGUUCAUCGUUUUCACCUUUGGCCACUCAUAUUCAUACCCGAAAAUCAAAAGGAAGGAAACUUUGUCUUUGUCCGACAAACAUUUUGGCAUGAUCCCUCGUUGCUUCUCUCGUCACAUCCGACUUCCAACAAUCGAAUUUCACUCGAAUCUUAUUAUGGAAAUAAUACAAUCUUACAAUCCUUCUUUCUUGAAGUUCUUGGUGCCGAGUGUCAACCAACUAUUGAUGAUUACAUUCCGUUGUUAUCAAAUAUUCACGAGAAUGAUCAACUCUGGCAAGUUAUUCAAGUAAUUACGAAAUUAACUACAGAGCAAGAGAAGCACAAAGAAGUUCGAGAGAAAUUACUUGAUCUUCCAUUCAUUCCCUGUAUGAAUGAAAAUCAAAAACUAAUGAAAUACACUGAUCAUCCAUUCUACCCGCAUGAUCGUGAUAUUGCCAAUCUGUUCGCUGACGUUCUAUCGGUCAUCAAACUACCGAGUUAUGAUCUUUCAUCUGAUUUCAAAAAGCACUUUUGCAUACUUUUCAACAUCGAAAAUCUUGCAAAUCAUAUUCAAACAAAAGUUACUGUUGAAAAUGAGCAAUCUGCAAUAAAUUUAUCCAGUUUUUACCGUCAAUCAAUCGAUCUUAUUCAAGAUUUUGUACUCUCGAAUCAUUUUAUAUCCGAUACUCAAUCGAAUCAUCUUUCAGCAAUCUUUGCACGCAUGCAAUUUUUGUGCGUUGAUCAUAUUCAAGUUUCGUAUUCGUACGGAAGUGACCUUGUCAAAGCACCUUCGAAUUUGCACAGCAUCGAUACGUAUAUCGAUCAACAAGAAUGCAAAUUUUAUAUUUUGAAGAAAUAUGAAAAUUCAGAGAUGCGGUAUACCGAUGCAAUGGGCGAAUUUAUCGUGAAAGAUGAUGUCGCUCGAUCCAAAAUUUUGGCGUACAUUCGAAAACUGUUGCAGAUAUACCAGAACGAUGCGGAUCAUGGCCUAGAUCUACUGCAUGAAAAUUUAAAGAGAAAUCACGAGCCAAAAUGGAUCAUUCCAGAGAUCGCGAACAGAGAUGUUUCAGUUGCAUUGAAAGAAGAGAAGAUACCAGUAGUGGAGAAACCGGUGAUAACAGAUGAGCAGAUUGCACAGUUGAGUAGUGAACCUACUCGUCGACCGAAACCACGAGCAAAAGAAACGACAAGUGAAGAAAACGCGAGUCAACUAACGAGUUUCCCUUUGAAAGCAGGCGCUGCAGAAUCGGAAGAUCCUUCUACACUGAAAACAACCUCAAAAUCUACCGCUGAAAAUUCAACCAAAGAAAAACAUACAGUUACAUUAGACUCGGACGAUCGUCCAUCACGACCAUCGAACGAUCAUGAACACCAAAAUAAUGAAAAUCGAGCGAAGCAGACAAAAGGAGAUAAGCAUCCCUAUGUUGAAAAAAGUAAAUCUUGUUCAAACGAUGACAGUAACAAAGAGGACUCUCGUCAAUCUCAUGUUCCUAUUAAUUAUUCGGAUCCGAUUUCGUUCGCCGCUAAUUUUGAACGUAUUGCCGUUUCUACCCUCCCUGAUCUUGAUCUAUUUAAUGCUUCAUCAACAAAUGAUCCAUCCAUUAGUAUCCCCAAUCGUCCUCACGGAACUGAAGCUGAUAUAUUCACAGGUCGGCAAGGUGAAGAAUUCGUUUUCUAUUAUCUGAAAUGGAAAUAUCCGAAGGAAACCGUUGAAUGGUUAAAUCAAACAACUGAAUCUGGGAAACCGUACGAUAUUCGGGUAAUUUUUUCAUCAGAAGAUGCCAGAAUCGAAUUUAUUGAAGUCAAAACAACUCGCACACUCGAUCAAAAUACAUUUCCUGUAUCUUUUGCUGAAUUUGAAUAUCUCCUUCAACACCCGACAAAUUAUUUCAUUUAUCGAGUUUAUUAUGCAGAUAAUCGAGAUUCAUCCACGAUCACAGUAAUCAACCGAAUCAAAGAAAAUUUACAAAAGAAACAACUUCAGCUUAGUAUGACAAUGAAGCCUCGAACCUAG